AUUGUGGAUAAUUGUUACGUUUUGAUCAGCUGUUUGGACUCUCAUUCUGAUGGCACCCAUUCACUGCAGAGGAAUCAUCGGGAAAGAAAUGUAAUGCUAAGAUUUCCCCAAAUUUGUUCAGAUAAAGAAACGAUCUUGCAUGUAUUAUCCAAAACAAUAAGAUGCUAAUAGUUCUAUAAAGAUUAUUUUCUCCAAAUCUGUUCUUAUAAAAAAAAAAAAAAACCUGGGGGUCGCCUGAAGUUCAGUUAAUUUGAAUCAAAUUCUCAUUUUUGAGUGAACUAUUCCUUUAAGAAGUAAUCUCAUACAGGUAGAAUUGCAGACAAAUAUUUUAUUAAACCUUCCAUGGCAAACAUCUGAUAGGUUAUUAUAUUAAAAUAUGACAUCUGAGCCUGUCUUUAUCAUUUACUGUCUGUGGUACAGUGAUGUUUGGCAGAAACUCAGGUGAAGGAGGAGCUUAAAGAAACAGCUGUAGGAUGUGGGUGAGGCAGCAAGAAUGCAGGUAGAUGACAAACAGCAAAAACAAAGAGCACUUGCAGAAUACGAAGAGAUGGGACCAAGAAGUUGAUUCUUUGAGAAUACAGCAAAAACACCAGUUUUCAAACAGCGAACAGAAACAAAACAGCCACUGACAAAAGAAGAUGACCAAGUUUGGAAAAUGAGAAACAGUUCCAUCAUUCUUCGCACACAGAGAUGACAUUAUGUCUAAUUCAACUAACGCAACAAAUCUAUGUGUAUCAGGCACUCUUUGUGAGGUGCUUGUCUAUGAAGUCGAACUGAUCGUCAUUCCGGUGCUGUUUCUCUUAGCUUUUCUGGUCACCCUGAUCAUUUUGCUGGUGCUCAAAUGCGCCUAUAAGCCGUCACAUCUUUAUGGACACCACAGAAAUGAAAAAGAUGGCACACAACACCAUCAUAACUCACACAGACACCGUAACAGCAACAGACAGCACCUGCAAGGCAUUGACGCUCCAGCAGAGCUGAACCCAUUGGAACAUGAGGUUAUUCCCAUGACAGCCCAAUCUCAGCAUGACAUGCAGAAUUCUAGCCCUGCAGUCCCUCCGCAAACCACCGGGAGGCAUCCGGACCUCUUUCAGCUGGUCUCUCCACUUCCUCUCACAUUCUCAGUAAAACCAGACAACACCUUCACAUUGCACAGAGCUGUCAUGGACAGACAGCCAGUCGUUUUACGAGUGCUUAAAGAAUCAGCCAAUGCCAAAGAGCGCCAGUCCUUUCUGGGGUUUGCCCACUUCCUUUCAGAGUUGGGACUGCAUCCAUUGUUGCCCAAAUUGCUGGGGGUUGUGUCUGUGCAGACACCGUUGAUGAUUGCUGUAGAGGAGCUGGAACACCGUGACCUGCUGAGCUUCCUGUGGAGGUGCAGACAGGACCACACAGGUCAGGAGGCACCGUGUGACAUGACUGAAAGACGAAUCUUUACCAUGGGCGCUCAGAUUGCAUCUGCUCUGGAGUAUCUGCAUAGUAAGAACUACACCCAUGGCAAUGUCAAGGCUCGAAGCGUCUUGGUUGGUCGGGACCUGUCGGUCAAGCUGUGGGGUUUGGGUCCGGCAUAUCGCAGAAAAACGAGUGCAGCCUCUAUGGAUGUAGAAGAUACAGAAAUAAGAAAAUGGCAAGCUCCAGAAGCAUUAGCACGGCAACCUCUCCAGCAAAGCAGCGACAUAUGGUCCUUUGGCAUUUUGCUGUAUGAGAUGGUGACAUUAGGAGAUCCACCCUUUCCCAACAUCAUGGCUGGCGAACUUCUGCAGCAUUUACAGAGAGUGAACACACUAAAGAGACCACCCAACUGCUCUAAUACACUAUAUUCUAUCAUCAAAUCCUGCUGUCAGUGGAAACCAAAGGAUCGAGUCUCAUUGGCUGAGCUGAACAGAAAGCUCCAAUCAGGAGAGAGAAGCGCCAAUGAACAGGCAGUGCUGCGAGUGUCUGAGCCGGUGAACAUCGAGAAAUACAUACGGGAGGCGGGCUAUGGAGAAUCAUACAAUGAUGCUGCUGUGCUAUAAUGAUCCCUUUGAUCAAAUCCAAGAUUCACCAAAAGAGCUGCGGACUAGCUAUGAAUAAAUGAACCGUCAAGGUUUGAGAUUAGCACUUUAAAGGAUUACAGAGAGCCACUGCUUGUUACAGACAGUGACAUCACUCUAUCACAUAUAAGAAGCACAUUAUCUCAUCAAGCAAGCAGGUGCUAUUAUGAAUCAGGACUUUAGAUUAAGGAUAAAGGCUAAAAGCUCAAUUGAACACAAAUGAGAACGAGGGGAUGCUAUGUAAAACAGAGUAAGAUUGUGUCAUACACAUAUAUGAAAUAUGCAGUCAAUAGGCAAAAGCUAUAAUGUAAACAUAUAUGAAACGACACACGCACGCACGCAAGCACACACACACACACACACACAGUUUAGUAAUAAUUUAGGGAAUGUGAUUUAACUUAUUUAUUUAGGUUGGAAUUUGUUCACUGCUACGGCUAAUUCAAAUGGUAUAAUAAAAAAUUAUAUUAUUGAUAUAUUUAUUGGUAACUGGAAAAUCUAUUGUAUUAUAAAGUACACUAUUCAUGGAAAUGUACUGUUUUGUCAGUUUAGUCAUCGUUGGUGCAAUUGUAAAUAAUAAUGGCCACCUAACUUGUUCAAAAUUAGGCCUACUUUUAAAUAUUUAGUUUCCCACUUACACCUUCAAGCCUGCGGUGUUGGCCCGUUAGGGAAACUGAAGUACGUUAGGUUUUAUAAUAAUCCUUCAAUAAAUAUGAUUUCAUCUGUA